AUGAGAAAUAUAUACUCGCCAAAAUGCUUUAAAAAUGAAAGUUUUUUUCAUAGUAAGAUUAAUCUGAAAUUCGUUAGUUAUAAUACAAAAAACGACACGCAUAUAUAUUCAGCUAAAAUUAAUAAUGGAUAUGCAUUUCGGAAAAAUUUAAAUUUAAAAAAAAUAAAAAAUUCCCUCAAAAGUAUUAAUAAUAUACCACAUUCAUGUUAUAGAACACAUUUAUUAAAGAAAUAUGGAUUAACAAAAAGGCGAGAAGGAUAUAAUAUAAAUAAAGAUAAAAUUGAGAGAUAUUUUAAUUUUGUUAGAAUUUAUCAUUCAUUAAAUUUUAUAAAAAAUAUAAUACUAUGUUUGUUGCUUAUUUAUGGGGUAAAUAAUUACGUUUUUGACAUGACACUUACUAGUGGUUCUAGUAUGUAUCCAUUAAUAAAUAAAAAUGGGGUAAUAUUAUUUUAUAUUUGUGAUUGCUCUUUACGACUUUUUAACGAACUCCGGAAUAUUGCAUUAUAUAAUUAUAUAAAUAUAUUAUAUAAAAUUUAUAAUAUUAUUCAUAGAAAUUUUGAUAACAUAAAUUUUGUAAAAGUUAAAAACAUAAUAGCAAACAAAAUUGAGAAUUUAACAAAUAAAAUAACAUCAAAUAAACAUGUCUAUAAAAGAGGUGAUGUUGUAUUGCUAAUAUCACCAGUUAAUAGUAAUAAAAGAGUGUGUAAGAGGAUUAUUGGAAUGGAACAUGAUAAAUUAUUUGUAAAUGAUUUUAAUUCAUUUGUUGAAAUUCCAAAAAAUCAUAUAUGGGUAGAGGGCGAUAAUAAACUGGAUUCUUUUGAUAGUAGAAAUUAUGGGUGUGUAAAUAUAAAUUUAGUAAUUGGAAAAAUAUUUUUUCUACUAGACCCAUUUAGAAGCUUUUCUUUUAUUACCAACAAAAGGAAUUAUGAAAUUGAACCAAAUCGAUUUUUGUAUAUGUCUAAUUAG